UGGAACGCUGGAUAAAGGAACCAACAUGGCGGCCCGCUAGAGCCGCACGCCGGGAGAAGGUUGUUGUUCGUUAGCGGGGUCGUUGCAGACCGACCGUCAACAUGCUCGCGAUGACGAUACGGGAGGUGUCUUUGGCGCUCAGGGAGGGAAGAAUCUCCCCGACAGAGCUCUGUAGGAAGUGUCUGACCCGCAUCAGGAAAACACAGCAUCUUAACGCUUACAUCACUGUGACGGAGGAGCAGGCACUGAAACAGGCUCGAGAAGCAGAAGCCAGACUGCUGCGAGGUGCCCCAAAAGGUCCUCUGGAUGGAAUCCCCUUUGCAGUAAAGGACAACUUCUGCACAGAAAAUAUCAAGACUACAUGUGCUUCCAGGAUGCUUAAAGACUACAUUCCACCCUACAAUGCUACAGUGGUCCAGAAGCUGUUUGACCAAGGGGCUGUCCUCGUGGGGAAGACCAACAUGGAUGAGUUUGCUAUGGGUUCGGGCAGUACUGACGGGGCUUUCGGCCCGGUGAGAAACCCCUGGAGCUAUGCUGCUCCCUACAGAGAGCGGACAGGGGCGGCGCCCGACUCCGACUGGGUCGUCACCGGAGGAAGUUCAGGAGGAAGUGCUGCCGCUGUGGCCUCGCUCACCAGCUACCUGGCUUUGGGCUCAGACACAGGUGGUUCGACUCGUAACCCUGCAGCACUGUGUGGUGUUGUGGCCCUGAAGCCCACUUAUGGUCUGCUGUCCCGACACGGUCUCAUCCCCCUGGUCAACUCCAUGGAUGUCCCCGGCAUUAUGACGCGCAGUGUCGGCGAUGCAGCUAUCGUGUUGGGUAUCCUCCAAGGCCAGGAUAUUAGAGACUCAACAACAGCUCCUGCUCCCUCGUCCCUGACAGAGCUACCCGAACACUUUGAUGUCAAGAACAUCUGUGUAGGCAUCCCUAAGGAGUACCACGCUCCUGGGCUGUCUGAGGAGACUCUGGCACAAUGGAGUCGUGUUGCUGACAUGUUUGAGAGGGCGGGUGCGCGGGUGAAGCAGGUAUCCCUCCCCCACACCCAGCAUUCCAUUGUGUGCUACCACGUCCUGUGCAGCGCGGAGGUGGCAUCUAACAUGGCCCGCUUUGACGGCCUAGAAUACGGCCAUCGUAGUGAGGUGGACAGCUCGACGGAGGCCAUGUACGCCUCGAGCCGACACGAGGGCUUCAACGAUGUGGUGCGGGGGAGGAUACUGUCUGGGAACUACUUCCUACUCAAACAGAACUACGACCGCUACUUUGUGAAGGCCCAGAGAGUCCGUCGACUGAUCGCAGACGACUUCAAACGCGCGUUCGCCUCGGGCGUCGACGUGCUGCUGACGCCCACCACCCUGGCAGACGCGGCCCGUUACUCUGACUUCAGACAGGAAGACAACCGUACGCGCAGCCUGCAGGAAGACGUCUUCACCCAGUCUGUCAACAUGGCAGGUCUCCCCGCCGUCUCUGUGCCAACCGCUUUAUCAAGCCGCGGCCUUCCCAUUGGUUUGCAGCUCAUAGGCCCCGCCCUACAGGACAAGAAGCUGCUCAGCGUCGCCCAAUGGAUCGAACAGAGGGUCGGGUUCCCCUCCAUCAGUGACUGUGGAGACGAGAGCGGGAAUGAGGUGGGAACGACGGAAAGAGAGCAGACUUCAGCUGCCACACAUAAUGGACUUAAUAAAGUGCAACUAUGAUGGACACUCUUAGCUUGUUUGCCUUUGCAGGAAUUGUUUUCAGGAAUGAAAAUAAUUACAACAUGGAUAGACUCAGUGCUUAAUAAUAUGCAUCAUAACUGAGAAAGGGAACAUUGUGUUCAAUCUGUGAACUGCUGCCGUGUGUGUUGUCAAAAGGUGGUGCUAUUAAAUAUAUGCAAGAUGGGCUAUUUAUUGAUAGAGUAAUAUUUAUUAUUCUUCAGUGUCCAUGCGUAGAUAUUUGUAUUAUCGUUGUGUAUUAUUGAAGGCACUGAAAAAACAGUCACCAAAUCAAGCACACACACAUGCUGCUUUUCUUUACCUGCAGCGAGUGUGUGUGCUUGAUUUCGCAAAACUUACUAGUUGAGUACGUUUUUGUUUUUUUGUUUUUUGUUUUUUAUUGGUCAUGCCUGCGGUGUCAGUUUCCCCACUUUGAU